AUGAUUCUAAAUAUUGGCUUUCCUGAGAAACACAAUCUUCCUCAGGUUAAUCGCCCUGUCAACAGCAAGUUUGAGGCAGGUCUCCUUGUAGUAGCUAUGGCUACCAGACUGAACAACAUAUGGAAGGCAUGCCAUUAUAAGUUUGAGGCAGGUCUCCUUGUAGUAGCUGUGGCUACCAGACCUACCAGACUGAACAACAUAUGGGAGGCAUGCCAUUAUAAGUUUGAGGCAGGGGACAGGUAUUGGGCAGAGGAGGAAAGGUGUCAGGCAGAGGAGGAAAGGUGUCGGACAGACGAGGAAAGGUGUCAGGCAGAGGAGGAAAUGUGUCGGGGCAGGAAAGGUGACGAGCAGAAGAGAAAAGGUGUCAGGCAACAUGGAAAGGUGUCGGACAGAGGAAGAAAGGUGUCGGGCAGAGGAGGAAAGGUGUCAGGCAGAGGAGGAAAUGUGUCGGGGCAGAGGAGAAAAUGCGUCGGGCAACAGGGAAAGGUGACGAGCAGAAGAGAAAAGGUGUCAGGCAACAUGGAAAGGUGUCGGACAGAGGAAGAAAGGUGUCGGGCAAAGGAGGAAAGGUGUCGGGUAGAGGAGGAAAGGUGUCGGGCAACAGGGAAAGGUGUCGGACAGAGGAAGAAAGGUGUCGGGCAGAGGAGGAAAGGUGUCGGGCAGAGGAGGAAAGGUGUCGGACAGAGGAAGAAAGGUGUCGGGCAGAGGAGGAAAGGUGUCGGACAGAGGAGUAAAAGUGUCGGGCAGAGGAGGAAAGGUGUCGGGCAGAGGAGGAAAGGUGUUGGGCAGAGGAGGAAAGGUGUCGGGGAGAAGUGUCGGGCAGAGGAGGAAAGGUGUCGGGCAGAGGAGGAAAGGUGUCGGGUAGAGGAGGAAAGGUGUCGGGCAGAGGGGGAAAGGUGUCGGACAGAGGAAGAAAGGUGUCGGGCAGAGGAGGAAAGGUGUCGGGCAACAGGGAAAAGUGUCGGGCAGAGGAGGAAAGGUGUCGGGCAACAGGGAAAGAUGUCGGGCAGAGGAGGAAAGGUGUCGGGCAGAGGAAGAAAGGUGUCGGGAAACAGGGAAAGGUGUCGGACAGAGGAAGAAAGGUGUCGGGCAGAGGAGGAAAGGUGUCGGGCAGAGGAAGAAAGGUGUCGGGCAGAGGAGAAAAUGCGUUGGACAGAGGAGGAAAGGUGUCGGACAGAGGAAGAAAGGUGUCGGGCAGAGGAGAAAAGAUGUCGGGCAACAGGGAAAGGUGUCGGGCAGAGGAGAAAAGAUGUCGAGCAACAGGGAAAGGUGUCAGGCAGAAGAGGAAAGGUGUCGGGCAGAGGAGGAAAGGUGUCGGGCAGAGGAGGAAAGGUGUUGGUAGAGGAGGAAAGGUCUCGGGCAGAGGAGGAAUGGUGA